AAAUGUGACAUAGCCAACGGAAAUCAUCUUCUAGAAGGGGAAGGAGAAGAUUUUGUCGACGCUUUUUUGAUUCAGAUGAAGAAAGAUCAGGAAAGAAAUGCAUCAACAAGUUUCGAGAUUGAAAUGCUAGCCAUGUCGCUGCUUGAUCUGUGGGUUGCCGGUCAAGAAACCACCAAUACAACAUUGAAUUGGGCUUUCGUCUUUUUGCUUCUCAAUCCCCAGGUGACAGCGCGAGUGGAGGAAGAACUCAUUACUCUUACGAAAGGGCGACGUUCACUCUCAAUCGCCGACAGACCAAACACUCCAUACUACAACGCCACAUUGACUGAAAUUCAUAGAUGCGCUCUACUGCUUCCAAUGAAUCUCUGGAGAAGCACAUCAGAGGACACUGUCGUCGGGUCUUAUGUGAUCCCUAAAGGAACUACUAUCACAACUCGAAUUUCCCUCAUUAUGACUGAUGAGAAAGACUUCACAAAUCAACAGGAGUUCAAUCCCGAUCGUUAUCUGAAUGGUGACAAGCUCGAAAAAAAGGUGGUCUCAUUUGGUUUGGGCAAAAGAUCAUGCCUGGGAGAAUCUCUUGCUCAAGCGGAAUUAUAUCUCAUCAUCGCCAACAUACUACUUCGCUACAAAAUCACAGCAGAUCCUCUACAUAUGCCAAGUAUGGAGCCAAUCAAUGACUUUACAACUUUGCGGAAACCAUGUCCUUAUCAUAUUCAGUUCGAACGCCGUUAG